AAAUAGAUAUCUUUGCCAAACGACUGAGGUGAUUGAUUUUCGUUUAGGCAUUGGUAAAUUGAGCAUAUAGUUUCUUAUUGUUUCAUCUUAUUUGAAGAAACAAGUGAUUUUGAUUUUAGAAGAUUAUUGAGGUUUCUUACGAGUUGUGGAAAUUUUCAAGCUUGAUAACCUUAGAAUUGUUGUUGGUUCUCUACUAUUGUACUUUAUUUUUCUCAAUUCAACUUUCUUUGAAAACUAUUUCACAUGUUAUUGUUCUUCUACCGAAAAAUCUGGACACUUGGAAAAGACACGAUGUAUGUCACUAAAUGGUCUCCAAACUUACGGCAAGAUGAAGACUCCCCGGUUGUUCCAGUAUGGAUCUCCUUCCCUCACUUACCCAUCCAUCUUCAUGAGCAAAGGGCCCUCUUCAAUAUAGCUUCCAUGUUGGGAACUCCUUUGAAAGUGGAUCAAGCCACACUCAACUUCACCAGGCCUAAAUAUGCUAGGGUUUGUGUUGAAGUUGACGUCUCAAAGCCCCUACACCAACGCAUCCAUAUCAAACAUGUGGAUGAAGAUCUUUUCUUCCAGGUCCAGUAUGAAGAUCCACCAGUUUUCUGCAACUCUUGCCGGAAACUUGGCCAUAACCUCCAUUCAUGCAAGCUGGCAAAACCCAUGGUCAGAGAACCCCUCAAGGAUCAAGAAAUCCAUAAGGUACAUGACAAAAACCCUGCAGCUGUGCUAGAUGGCUGGACUACAGUUCAACGUAAGGGGAAAGCCCCUGUCAAUCCUCCAGCCAGACGAGAAAAUCGACGAGAAGAUACGUCCAACAAGGUUCCUCAAAAAACAUGGGUCCCCAAACCCAUAAUAGAUUAUAGCCAACUGGAAACUUCCAAAAGAGGUGAACAUAGAGGCCCUACUUUUAUCCAAUCCACCACAACUUUAUUUUUGGAGCCUUCCGGUCUGGUGCAUUCCCACUUACCACUGCAUGCAGAAGUACAUGAAGCUGUCCCCGUGGCCAACUCAGAAAGCACUGCAAUACAACCCAUCCCUCUUGAAGACACAUCAGAAGCAGACAUCCCUCUCGAGGACACAUCAGAAGAAGACAUCCCUCUCAAAAUGACUUCCAGCUCAGCCCCACCUUCUCCUAAGGCUAAAUCUCACACGUCUAAGGUGUGUACACGUUCAGUUCAAGAGGCAGAAAAAGAGGCCAGCAAAGCGGAGAUGGAUUAUGAAAAUGACCCCUCUGAACACAACAGGGAGAUUGCCAACCUAAAACAGGCCCAACUCAUCCAAAUUGGAAACAAAGAGCACUGCUUCUGGAAAAAGAAAUGUAACCUUAAGUGGUUUAAAGAUGGAGAUGCUAACAGUAGUUUUUUCCACUCUCUUGUCAAGGAUAGAAGAAGACAUCAAAGAAUCCACUCCUUGAAGGAUGACGAUGGGCAAACACAGAAUGAUCCACUAGUACUGGAAAGCAUGGUGAUUUCCUACUACCACAACCUUUUCAACAACACUGAACCUCCCCCAGCUGAAGACACAUACGAAGAUUUCCUUUCUUCAAUUCCAACAAUAAUUGAUCAAAACCAAAACCAAUUCCUCAUGCGACUACCAACUGAAGAAGAGGUGAAAAACAAUCUGUCCAUCUGCCUCUCAACUGUGGCUUCCGAAAUUGCUACCAAAUGCAUUGCCAACAGACUAAGGCAACUAUUACCCCUGAUUAUUUCAGAGGAACAAGGAGCCUUUGUGCCAGGACGAGAGAUCUCUGACCAGAUCUUAAUCACUAAAGAAAUGGCCCAUAAUAUGGACAGGAAAGCAGAGGGGGGCAACAUCAUCAUCAAACUAGACAUGACAAAGGCAUUUGACAAAGUAAAGUGGUCCUAUUUACUUGACAUCCUUCAAAAAUUUGGUUUCUGCCGCAGUUUCUUACAUAUGGUCAAAACUGUUCUCAAAACCUCCAAAUAUUCAGUGCUUUUUAAUGAAAAGCCUUGUGGUUUCUUUGGGCAAUCUAGAGGAAUUAAACAGGGAGAUCCUCUCUCCCCUCUCCUUUUUAUCAUAGCUAAUGAGGGCUUCUCUAGAAACAUUAACAAACUCUUCAUGAAUGGUGUCCUGGGCAGUUUUCUCUUCAUUCUGGAAAAAUCGUCUAUUCCGCUCCUUCCAAAGCUCGUGUGCAAUGAUGCCAGGAACGAUGUUGCGCAGAUGUCUAUCAUGUUUCCCAAGUCUUCCUUCUUUCCACCAGUCUGUGAGGUAGCUUCUGAUACCAUGGUUGAUUGCCCCUCCAGUAUGGAAGUGGCCAUUUCUCAUUCCCAGAAUCUUCCUGGCCCUAGAGAUGUAUGCUGUGCUGGCCUUUUUGGGAGGGAUGAAGAAGCUAGGAUAAAAAGCAGAGGUGAGAGUGGGUCUCCCUGUUUUAGUCCUCGUUUAGGUUUGAAGCUCUUGGUUGGGAUCCCAUUGACCAUGACGGAGAUGAAUGGGGAUUCCAAGGAAGAACUCUUAGAAAGCCUUGGUGCAAUCUUCCUUAAUGCAGUCCCAAUUAGUUUUAUAGAAGUUUCCAUUAAAACCAUCUGGUCCGGCUGCACUGUCAGGAUUCAUGGACCAGAUUGCACUUUUGACUUCAUCCACAUUAGGAAGGGCAGUAAGAUUGGAGUUAUCUUCAUGGGUUAUAAGGAUAGGGAUGUUAUCCAGAAAUUGGGAGUCCAAAGUGGAGGUGAAGGGGCUUCCAGAGAAGGGAGGGGAGAUGAGGCAGCUGUUGAUAAUGCAGAGAUCAAAGUCCUGAAUACUAUUAAGGCAAGGCCUGUUAUUGCCUUUGUGAUGAUCAAGGGAAGAGAUGAUGUUGAAGUCACCACCAAUAAUCCAGGGGGAAUUAGUGGAUUGGCUAGUUGUAUGCAGAUCAUCCCACAAAGGUUUUCUGUCAGUAGUGGAGAAUUUGCCAUAAACAGUAGUAAUGAGGAUAGGGUUAUUGUUGAGGGUGAAAUUGGUGUGGAUUGUUUGGGAUUGGUCAGAGUGGGUAAUGUAGGAUCCAGUUUUGGUUCAAUGAUGGCACAAAAGGAUAUUGGCUUCCCAGCGAUGUAUGGACUUUACCCAUCGCUGGUAGGCCAAUUUUCCUUCAGUUUUGAAGCCAACGGUCACCUACCCAUCGAUGGGUACAAUCUUCCCAUCGCUGGGUGGGAGGUUGACUUCCAAAUAAGGAAAGAAUCAACCUUAAAUGACUUCCAACGGUCAUGCCUUCCCAUCGAUGGUUUACACAUACCAUUGCUGGGUUCCCAUCGAUGGGAUACGUUCCCCAUCGCUGGGUAAGGUCGUUCUGCCUUGUGUUGAUGUUGGACCAAGGUUUUAACAGCGAUGGGUAGAACUUCCCAUCGAUGUUUGGCAUGGUUCUGGAACUUGGUUGGGUUAAAGGACAGCUUACCCAUCGAUGGGUAGUUUUUCCCAUCGCUGGGUAAGUGGUUA